AUGGAUGCAAGAGAUUUAAUUGAAAGCCUCAAGGCAGAUCUGACUUGCUCCAUCUGUCAGAGCUACUUCACAGACCCAGUGACUAUCAAUUGUGGCCAUAGCUUUUGCACAGACUGUCUUCUCAAGUACAGGGAGGGAACAGAUGGAACAUUCAAUUGCCCAGAAUGCAGAGGAAUUGUCAAAGACAGUGAUUUGGUGCCCAACAGGAACUUGCAGAAUCUGUCUAUCACUGGUAAAAUGCUCAGACCUCAUUUGCUUCAGAGCAUGGUGGGCCUGACCAUUUGUGAACAACAUGGGGAAAAAGAGAAGUACUACUGUGAAGAAGACGAAGUACUCCUCUGUGAUACCUGCUUUUUAGAGUUAGACCACAAGCAUCAUACAGUCCUUCCCUUGGAAAUGGCUGCUGACAAAUGCAAGGACAAGCUCCAGGACACAUUGAAUCUCAUACAACGAAAAGAAGAAGAAUUUAAAAUUGCAUUGCAAAGAAUAACAAAUAGAGAGGAACUUUGUAAGGAGGACUUACACCCUUUGAAGCAAUCAGUUUCUUCUGAAUAUGAGAAAAUGCAUGGCUUCUUAUGGGAUGAAGAACAGAUGCACCUAGAUAGACUGGACCAGGAAUACAAAGACAACAUGAUAAAACUGGAGCACAAUAAGCACAAAAUUUCAGGAAAAAUUCAAGAUCUGGAAACAAUGGUACUAGAAGUAGAGGAUAUUUUGGACAAGGGGCCCUUGGAAAUGCUCCAAGAUAUGAAAGUCAUUUUGAAAAAGAAUGAAGAGGUACUACUUCAAGAACCAGAGGUUGCUUCUCCUUCCUGGGCCACCAGUCCCAUCACUGGCUUGAGAGAAAUGCUUAUGAAUUUCCACAGGGAUAUAACUCUUGAUCCUGAAUCAGCCAAUCCACAUCUCAUCCUGUCUGAAGAUUUGAAGAGUGUCCAGUAUGGAGAUGCCCGACAGGACCUUCCUGACAAUAGGGAAAGAUUUGAUUAUGCUCUUAUUGUAUUGGGGACCCAGACCUUCACCUCAGGCAAACACUAUUGGGAAGUGAAGGUAGGAGAUAAGACAGAGUGGGAAGUGGGCAUCAGUAAAGAAUCAAUUAGGAGAAAAGGGAAACUCUCCUCAUUAUCUCAGGAUGUAUGGAUCCUAGUAAGCUUCAAAUCUGGAAAUGAUUGGUUCCUGGGAAAUUCUCGAGAUGGUCUUCAUCUGAGCCAGCCUAUAGACAAAGUGGGUGUUUUUCUAGAUUAUGAUAAGGGGCAUAUAGCAUUUUAUGAUGUCAUAGAUAAAUCCCUAAUCUCUAGUCUCUCACACACAGCCUUUGAAGGGCCUCUUCGCCCUUACUUCUCUCCUUGCCGUCCCAAUGAAGAAAGUUCCCCUGGGUCACUCAUCAUUUGCCACAAAAGUGAUAUGUAG